AUGGGUCAAACCCUGUCGGAACCGGUGGUCGAAAAGACAUCGUCCGAGGGCGGGGAUGACUGCUGCGUCUACGGUGUGUCGGCCAUGCAAGGCUGGCGAAUCAGCAUGGAGGACGCCCACGCCGCGAUCCUUGACCUCCAGGCAAAGUACACGGGCAACGAAGAUAAACCGACAGAUCCGGAACAUCGUCUCGCCUUCUUCGGUGUGUACGACGGCCACGGUGGCGAUAAGGUUGCAUUGUUCACCGGUGAGAAUCUUCACAAGAUUGUCUCCCGGCAGGAGGCUUUCGCCAAGGGCGAUAUUGAACAGGCCAUGAAGGAUGGUUUCCUGGCGACCGAUAGGGCCAUUUUGGAGGAUCCCCGCUAUGAGGAGGAGGUGUCUGGCUGCACUGCUUCCACGAGUAUCAUCUCAAAGAAGAAAAUCUGGGUUGCGAACGCUGGUGAUUCACGAUCCGUGUUGGGAGUCAAGGGUCGCGCGAAGCCCCUCUCAUUUGACCACAAACCCCAGAAUGAGGGCGAGAAAGCCCGUAUCAGCGCUGCUGGUGGCUUCGUCGACUUCGGUCGUGUCAACGGCAACCUCGCCCUGUCCCGCGCUAUCGGUGACUUUGAGUUCAAGAAGAGCCCCGAGCUUUCACCCGAACAACAGAUCGUCACCGCAUACCCCGAUGUGACUGUCCACGAACUCACAGAUGAUGACGAAUUCUUGGUCAUUGCAUGCGAUGGUAUAUGGGAUUGCCAGUCGUCUCAGGCCGUCGUUGAGUUUGUCCGCAGGGGCAUUGCCGCCAAGCAGCCCCUGGCCCAGAUAUGUGAGAACAUGAUGGACAACUGCCUGGCCUCCAACAGUGAAACUGGCGGUGUCGGCUGUGAUAAUAUGACCAUGACUGUUAUUGGACUCCUACAAGGAAAGACCAAGGAGGAGUGGUAUAACCAGAUUGCAGAGCGGGUUGCGAACGGGGAUGGACCUUCCGAGUUCCGCGGCCCUGGAAUUCGGAACCAGUUCGAGGAUAAUCCUGAUGAAUAUGAUUUGGAGAUGGAGCGUUCCCGUGGCUUCAGCGUACGUUCGGGCCGCACCAUAUUGCUAGGCGAUGGCACUGAAGUUAUUCCGGACCAGCAUGAAGAAGAAUUAUUCGACCAGACCGACGUGGACCAGGGCGCUAUCAACCAGGUACAGAAUCAAACCGACCUCCGUAACGACCGCCAGGAAACUCCGGGCCCUCAGGGGAAGCAAGAGACCGCCAACGUGGCUUCAGCUCAAAUAUCCGAAUCCCCGGCCUCUACUGACGCCGAGAAGGAGAAGUCUACGUAG